UAAAAUAGGCUCACACAAUCUUACACACGAUUCUGUUGAUGCUGAUUUUGCAUUUUCUCCAUAACGAACAGAAGGUGCAUCGUUCAAUCGAGGAAUGCUGUUAAACAUUGGCUUUACUGAGGCUCUAUUACAGGAUAAGUUUCCAUGUUUCAUAUUUCAUGACGUUGAUUUUAUACCAGAAAAUGACGGACACACUUACUCAUGUCCAGAAGAUGGGAAACCACGGCAAAUGGCUUUUUCAAUCGACUAUUGGGAUAAUUACAGGCCAGUUGCCAGAAACUUUUUCGGUGGUGUCAGCGCAAUUUCAACCCAUGAUUUUCAACAAAUUAACGGCUAUUCAAAUUUGUUCUGGGGUUGGGGUGGUGAGGACGAUCAGUUGUAUGAACGUAUCUUAUUCAACAACUUGACAGUGACCAGGGCUUUCGACGACCAGCCAUCGCUCGUCAAUCGUGCACGGUACAAGACGCUUUCCCAUAAAAAAGCCGAACCCAAUCCAGAUAGGAAGAAGAUACUGCAGGAAGGCUCAGUUCGUUUCAAAACUGAUGGGCUUUCCAAUCUUCAAUAUCGGAGACUCGAUUUGCAAUUCAAACCCUUUUAUACUCACAUUCUUGUGGAUAUCCAGAAUAAUAUACCGCUAUAA